GGCUUCCAUGGACUUACCUCCGGACAAAGCGAAAUUGCUCAAGAAUUAUGAUGAUGAAAAAAAAUGGGACAUAAUAUGCGAUCAGGAUAUGGUGCAAGCAAAGGAUCCGCCCUGUCAUUAUUUGAAUAAAUUGCGCACAUAUCUGGACCCAAAGGCGUCUCGCAGUCAUCGGCUAUUUUUCUUCUACUUUCUUUGUCAGAAACGCAAAAUGGUCGGUGAGUCCACAUCGACGCAGGUGCUGCGUGAUCUCGAGAUCUCGCUACGCACCAACCACAUUGAGUGGGUAAAGGAGUUUCUUGACGACACAAACCAGGGUCUCGACGCACUUGUCGAUUACCUAAGUUUUCGAUUGCAGAUGAUGCGACACGAACAGCGUGUCGAAGAAGCACUAUCCGAUUCAGAUGAGCGUCUGAAUAUGAUAAGUAGUCAGACAGUGGGAGGAGGUGGCACCGGUUCAGGUUCAGCGGAUGGCCUUUGCAGCUCAUCGGUGGGAGUUAAUUCACCAUUGAGUGGUAGCAUCAACUUGGAUGGUACGCGGCAUCACCAACCUUCACACGCGGGACACUCUGGCGGCAGUCUUAAUGGUUUUUUGCGUCCCUCGCUGGCCGAGGUGCUUGACAGUCCCAGCAUUAGAAGACGCUCCAGACAUAUAGCUAAAUUGAAUAUGGGCGCAUCUACAGAUGAUAUACAUGUGUGUAUAAUGUGCUUGCGCGCCAUAAUGAACAACAAAUAUGGAUUUAACAUGGUAAUACAACAUCGUGAGGCCAUUAAUUGUAUUGCGCUGAGUUUGAUACACAAGUCGCUGCGUACCAAAGCGCUAGUGCUGGAGCUCUUAGCUGCCAUUUGCCUGGUGAAGGGUGGCCACGAGAUAAUUUUGUCGUCGUUCGACAACUUCAAGGAUGUGUGUCAAGAAAAGCGACGCUUUCAAACACUUAUGCAAUACUUCAUGAAUUUUGAAGCCUUCAACAUUGACUUUAUGGUAGCGUGCAUGCAGUUCAUGAACAUUGUGGUUCACUCUGUGGAAGAUAUGAAUUAUCGCGUCCAUCUGCAAUACGAAUUUACAGCUCUUGGGCUUGACAAAUAUCUGGAAAAACUACGUAUGACUGAAUCAGAAGAGCUAAAGGUGCAAAUUUCGGCUUACUUGGACAACGUAUUCGACGUGGCAGGACUAAUGGAGGAUUCUGAAACGAAGACUGCAGCGUUAGAACGUGUGCAGGAGCUUGAAGAUCAGUUGGAACGAGAAGUGGAUCGUAACUCAGAAUUCAUGUAUAAAUUGGCUGAGCUCGAGACAGAAGUAGCUGUAUUGAAAGCAGAAAGAGAGGAUUUAAUGACGACAAAACUGAAAUUUGACGAAGAGGUCACAACGUUGCGUCGUAUACUAAAGCAAAAUGAACAAGAACUGAAGAAACGUGAAUCUCUACUCCAAAGCAAAAACCUCGAAUUAGCAACGUUGACUCGUUCAUUGCCACGUUCUGGCUCGAAUAGUGAAACGUCCCUGCAAAAUGGCGGAACAUCACCAGAUAAAUGCUUGUCGCCUUCACUGCCACCUCCGCCACCACCACUGCCAUCUGCCAUGUCACCUGCCAGUUCUGCGCCACCACCGCCACCUCCACCCGCACCACCUGCACCACCACCUCCGCCCAUUGCGCAUGGCGGUUCCGUGAGUAAUGGGGGUACAUUAUCACCUACAAUAUCGACAAACGGCGGCUCGAUAGGUUCACGUUCACCGCCAUACGGCUCUGGUCCAAAUGGUGGACCUAUGAUGUGUGCGUUUCAACCGCCACCUCCACCUGUGGCCGGUUUCAUGCCCGCUCCAGACGGUGCCAUGACAAUCAAACGUAAAGUGCCGACCAAAUACAAACUACCCACCCUUAAUUGGAUAGCUUUAAAGCCAAACCAAGUUCGAGGAACAAUUUUCAACGAGUUGGAUGACGAAAAGAUCUUUAAACACAUUGAUUUCAACGAAUUCGAGGAGCGCUUCAAAAUUGGCAUUGGUGGCUCAUUGACAAAUGGUAGCAACACUGAAGUGGAUGGUCUACACUCAUACCCCAGCAGGCGCUUUAAAAAACCGGAUAAUGUGUCGUUAUUGGAGCACACGAGAUUACGAAACAUUGCAAUAUCUCGACGCAAAUUGGAUAUGCCCAUCGAUGAGGUAAUAGCCGCCAUACAUAGUUUAGAUUUGAAGAAACUGUCUCUUGAAAAUGUGGAACUGCUUCAAAAGAUGGUGCCCACUGAUGUUGAGGUCAAAUCUUACAAGGAGUAUAUAGCCGAGCGUAAAGACCAAAACCUACUCACCGAAGAAGACAAAUUCAUGUUGCAAUUAUCACGAGUUGAACGCAUAUCGUCAAAGCUUUCAAUAAUGAAUUACAUGGGGAACUUCUUUGACUGCCUUCAUCUAAUCAGUCCACAAAUACAAGCUAUAACAACAGCUUCAAAUUCGCUUAAGAAAUCGAUGAAAUUCAAAGCUGUGUUGGAAAUAGUUCUAGCAUUUGGCAAUUACCUCAACAGUAGUAAAAGGGGUCCUGCUUAUGGAUUCAAAUUACAGUCACUUGAUACCCUAAUCGAUACAAAGUCAACUGACAAACGCUCAUCGCUAUUGCACUAUAUUGUGGCUACCAUCAGGCAAAAGUUUCCCGAUCUGCUGAACUUCGACACAGAGUUGUAUUGCACUGAUAAAGCGUCACAGGUGUCGCUGGAAAAUAUCGUGACAGACGUACAUGACCUUGAAAAAGGCAUGGAACUGGUAAAGAAAGAAGCAGAACAGCGUGUAAAGGGUACACAAACGCAUAUUUUACGCGAUUUUCUCAAUAACUCUGAGGAUAAAUUGAAGAAGAUCAAAAUGGAGUUGAAGAAUGCUCAAGAUGCAUUCAAAGAAUGUGUUGAGUAUUUCGGUGAAUCCUCUCGCAACGCUGAUGCAGCUGCUUUCUUUGCGCUAAUUGUGCGUUUCACUCGAGCUUUCAAGAUUCACGAUCAAGAAAACGAGCAACGCCGCCGCCUAGAACAAGCAGCAGCCCAGGCCGCCAACAAAAAGGAAAGCGAUCAAGUGUUAAUGCGUAACAAAAUGAACCAGAAGAAACAACAGAUGCCCGGUUGUGGCUACUCAUUACAGGACGCUGUCAUUAACGAGCUGAAGAGCAAAGCGAAUUCUGUUCGGGAGAAAAAACUACUGCAUCAGGAUGAGGUCUAUAACGGUGCUCUAGAGGACAUACUGCUCGGGCUGAAGAGCGAACCCUAUCGGCGGGCCGAUGCAGUGCGACGCAGUCAACGAAGGCGCAUCGAUAAUAAUCGUUUAUCACGAACUCUCGAGGAAUUAGAUGUAUGAAGUGAAAGACGAAAAAAUAUUCGACAACUAGAAAAAUGGAAAUAAAAACAAAAAUUAUAAGAUAAUGUACGCCAUGUAAAAUUAUAUACAUUUAAUAUUUUUUAAGCAACAAAUUAUAUUAUAUUUUCUACAAUAGCAUAAAAUGCCAGAAAAAAACUAGGAUUUUGGAUACAUUUAUAAUAAUACAUAUACAAAAGUAGGCAUAGAAUCGCCAUACUCGAAUACAUAAGUAAUUUACAUAUUUAAUACAUAGAUCAUAUCUGUAUUUGGCACAAUUUAGAAAUAGAUAUGUAUAACUACAUACACAUAUACAAUAUAUAUUAUAGUAAUCGAAAAACAUUAGCAAUACAUUCCUUUUCAAUGUUACCAAAUUUUUAUAUUAAUUGCAAAAAUUUAGUAAUAUUUGCAUCAUUGUUUUAUUGUAUCAAAUGUUCGAAUAAAAGAAAUUCAACGGUCUGCACAAUAUAAAUAUUUGAAUGAGCAUUUAUAAGAAUUUUUAAUAAUCUCGAACUGCUGCAAUACAAAUAAUGUAAUUGCGUUUUAAAGAAUUUCUUAUCUUUAUUUAAUUUUGUAUACACAAAAAUUUUGUACUAUAUUGUCUUUAUUUGUAUUUUUUUUUUUGUAUUUUGAAUAUUUGUAUAUACUUUCGUAUAUAUUUUAUUGUUAACUAAUUUUCUAUGAUCUGUAAAUAUAUCGCAAAAAUUUAAUACAUUCAAGUGGAUUGAAAUUGUUGAUUGUAAAAGGUUAAGCUUAAUACUUAGUGAUGUGGAUGGUUUUUAAGUUAUAGUACGUAUAUUUAAACGUAAUAAAUACUAGUGGGAACUAUUUCGCCACCAAUUCGUGCAAAUAAUAUACAUAUAAUAUGUUAUUUGCAAGACAUAAAAAUUCCAAUGAUUUUGCGUUUUAAAAGCCGAUCACAUGCUUAGUUAAUUGCAAAUUUUAAGUAACAAUAUUAUUAACCCUUAUUUCAUGCGAAAUAUAUUUAGAUAUAGACAUGUAUUUGUUUUAUUGCCCAAACGCAUAUGUAUAAACAUUUAAACAAAAUUUUGCGAAUAAGUAUCUACGUGUUUAUGUUCUCAUAUUUAAAUUAUAUAAUAAAUACAAAAGCAAUUAAAUUUUUAUUAUUAUUUUUCUUUGGCUUGCUGUAGCGAAAAGCUUUUAGUGUUUUGUGUCAAUAACCUCAGAUUUGUAUUAUUAUAAUUUUUGUGAAGGUCAUGCUCUGGCAUUUCGCACACAGUUUACUGUUGUUUCAUUAUUUUUAUAUAUGUAUAACAACCAAUGAAAUUGUACAGAGUUUUGUGGGUAGCCUUAAAAUGAAAUAUUCUAUUUCUUCUUUAGUGUCCUAUGCUAAGGAUACAAAAUCUAUACACACAUAUGUAUACAUAGUUAGAUGUGGAACAACGUUCAAAUACCUCAAACCUAAAAUGUUUGUGGUAAAGUAUACAUGUGUUCCUGCUAUUUUGGUUUCGACCUGGUGAGGAGCUAGUUUAGAACACACGAUUGUUAAUCUGCUGGCAGGUACCUAGUUAUGUACGACUACAACGCUAAGCUGGGACCCUCUUCUUAUUUUGCGUUAUAGUUUUAAUUCACUUAAAAACAAAAUCCCUGUUAUGCAUGAAAUCAAACAAAUCUAAGCAUCUAAAUAUGUAUAUUAUCUUUUCAAAAUUAGGUUAUUUUUUAUCGAAUAUAAAUAGAUAUUUUUUUAUAGUUUUUGUUUUACAUACGCCUGAAAGAAAAUUUUAAAUGCUUACAUAAAUAGAAUAUAUGUGGUAUGUAUGUAAAAGUACAUGUGUUAAUAUAUCAAAUCAAAUCUCGCAAUAAAAUUGUAUGUUCGAGCAUGUGCACAGUUCAGCUAUAAAUAAUUACAGCACUCUAAGACUUAACGUACACGGAUGUUCGAUGCGUCCCGUAGUUUUUUAAAAAUGCAAACACAGUUAUUGUCCAAAAUAUAUUUGAAUAAUAGCAAACCAUACUGUUACUAAUAUUAUAUUUUAAAUAACCUAAAAAUAGGUAUCUACAAGCUUUUUUUUAGUUAUAUAAAAUUAAUUCGUGCAAAUAUGACAUAUGUACAUCUGAAGAAAGACAUGCAUACAUAUGCAUGUAAUAAGUAAAUAUGAUGAAAUAUGACAAAACCGAAUCAAUGGUAAUCUUACGAAAAUUUUGCAAUUUGCCGGUACUCAUGUGAAAAGAAAAUUUCCAAAAUUUCAUCUAAAAAUAAAUAUUGCGCAUUUACAGUUCUACAAUGACAUUUACAAAAAGGGAUUUUUUAGGUAUUAACAUACCAUACACCGAAUACAUGUAUGUACGAACGUAUCUUUACUACAUAAAAUAUACUAAAUUUGCUUUUAAAUAUACGAAUACGGAACACAGAUGUAGCAAUUAAUUGUAAAUACACGAAUCUAAGAUUUUUAUACAGUGUUAAAGGGAUAUACAAUAACUUAAAAAUAAAAAUACCCAACAACAUUCAUGCGAUAUA